AUUUCAUUUUCGUAAUUUCCGAAUUUUGUCACUCGUUCAAUUUCAAUAUCGAUAAUAUCUAUCCAUUAAAUUAAAUCAUUCGAUUUUUUGUCUUGUAACUGAAUUUAUCAUAUUCGUAAUUUCUACAGUUUGUAUAUUUGUAUAUUUGCGUUUUUUUCCAUUUUUUUCUUUAAACAUUGUGAUAAAUAAUUUUCGAGAUGUCUUCGCCGAUAGAAGAAAGUGUACGGCGCAAUAGUGAAAGCGAAGGCGGUGAAGCAGAGACACCAGAACAUGACCCUCAUUUCGAGCCUAUUGUUUCGUUGCCCCUUGUGGAUAUCCAGACCAACGAGGAGGACGAAGAAGAGCUAGUGAAGAUACGGGCUAGGCUUUAUAGAUACGACACCGGGGACCAUGAAUGGAAGGAACGGGGCACGGGUGACAUAAAAUUGUUGCGUCAUAAAUCAAACAACACUGUGCGUGUGGUUAUGAGACGAGACAAAACCCUGAAAGUGUGUGCCAACCACUUUAUUACUCCAGACAUUAGGAUGAAUGUUCACUGUGGUUCAGACAAAGCAUUUAAUUGGUCAGUGUUUGCAGACUAUGCAGAUGAGACUUGCAAACAAGAGCUUCUUGCUAUUAAAUUUGGGAAUCCACAGAAUGCUGAAUUAUGGAAAACAAAAUUUGCAGAGGCACAGGAAAUUGUUAGAACGAAAUGUAGUCUGUAUACCCAAGAUCAGUUUUCUGAUGAUGAGAGUAGCAUCACUAGGAGUGAAGAUACUGAUACACCAGAACCUAAGAUCGGGGAUAAGUCCCCUGAUAAAGCAGACAGGCCAGAGGAGGCUGAAUCUGAAGGUGUAGUUCUAAAACUUAAGGAACUUAAAGUGGAAAGUGAUACUGCUGAAUGAAUGUUAUAAAGAUCUGCAUAAGAGGCCAAACUGUAAUGUGUGGUAUUUUUUACAAAUGAUUUAAAAUAUUCGUCUUAUUGUAGCUAUUUUUAGUUUAAUUAUAUCAUUUACAGCUAAUGUCGGUGGAAAGUAGUAAUUUUUUGGGGACAAAUCAUUCCUUCCUUUAUACCAUAAUGAUGUGAUAGAUAAGAAAAGAAGUUUAGAGAAGUGUUUUUUUUUAUUUUCUUUAAACGAAGUACUUUUUUGUAAGUAAAAACGAAUUAUA